AUGCUGGCGAUCAGCUUCGCGCGCCGCGACAAGGCGCAGGCGAGUGCGAUCCUGUCCGAUGCCCUUGUGAUUGCGCUUGGACUGGGCGUGGCUCUGGCGGUUGCCAUGUACUUCUAUGCGCCCCCCGCUCUGCAGAGCAUCGCCGGCCAGGCAUCUGCCGCUGUCGUCGAGCCAGCCGUGACCUAUGUCCGCAUCAGGUGCCUGGGCCUGCCGGCGGCGCUGGUGAUAUUUGUGGUGCAGGCGUUCUUCCUGGCAGCCAUGGACCCCAUGACGCCGCUGCUAGCUGCCAGCCUGGCGGGUAUCGCCAACCUGGCAGGCGACAUCCUGCUCGUCUGCGGCUUCGGCUGGGGCAUCGCCGGCGCAUCCCUCGCCACAGCCGUCGCUCAGAUCCUGACGGCGGGAGUGCUGCUGUGGGCGCUGUACCGGCCGCUAGGAAAGCGGUCGCUGUUCCCCGGCUGGCGCGCGGACGUGCGAUGGCGGCUGCCCACGCUGCAGUCCGCCGUCAACUUUGUGGCUUACGCUGGGCCCAUCGCCGGCGUGCUCAUCACCAAAGUCAUCAUCUACGGUGUGAUGACAACAGUGGCAUCAUACUUGGGCCCUGUGACUGUGGGCGCGCACCACGUGGUGCAGAGCACCUACAUGUUCUUCUGCACCUGCGGCGACGCCGUGUCUCAGGCUGCGCAGUCCUUCCUGCCCGGAGUGGUGGGCAGGCCCAAGGCGGCACAGAACUUGGGCAAGCAGCUCAUGACGACUGGCUUCAUCGUGGGCACCUUCAACAGCAUCUGCGCAGGACUGGUGGUGGUAUUUUUGCCGGCGCUGUUCACAAACAGCGCGGAGGUGGUGGCCAUGAUGGGAAGCUUCCUGCCCUUCAUGUGCGUCGCUCUGCUCAUCCACACCGCCUCCAUGGCCACAGAGGGCAUGCUCCUGGCAGGGCGCGACCUGAACUUCCUGCUGUGGUCCUACGUGGCGAACAUGGCAACGGUGCUGGGGGCACUGGCGGCGCUGCACCACGGCCCCUGGCCGCUGAACGGGCUGGGCCUCUGGUGGUGCCUGCUGCAGUUCCAGCUCUUCCGCCUGAUCGUGAACGGCAUCCGCCUGCUGACUCAGCGCAGCCCCCUGCGAUCCACCCAGGCCCUGCAGGAGGUCAUGGCCUGAUCAGGCCGCCAUGGCUCCAGGCAGGGGUGCAUCUCACCUGGUGCUAGUAACCCCUGGUAGAGAGGGGUUAGCAAUCUAUUUGAUCAGCCUACCAUGGCUCCACUGCAAGUGCUGUGCCAGGGCUGUCUCUGCACAACCCUCUGGUGUGCUCUCAGGAGGUGACAGCAGGCCAUGGCCUGACCAGGUUGCUACAGGUAUCGCUAGGAGAGGUGUAUCUGAGUGAACCCCCUGGUGCCCUUGCAAGAGGCGUACGCAUUUCAUGUGGGCUGGCUACCAUGGCUGCAAGGCAGGGUGACGUGGCAGGGCUGUCUU